AUGUUCGGACUCGGUCCAGAGGCUCCCUUUGCUUUUUCAUCGAGGCCACCACCGCCAAAGACCCCGAAGGAAUGGCAGGUGGUCUUGCAGGCAGUCAAGCAGCUCUAUCAGGAUAGACAGUACAAGCAAUGUGCUGCUCGGGCUGUGGAUCUACUUGGAGAGACUCGGGAGAAUAAGCCUCAUCCCAUCUACAGGGUCUUUCUGACUUUCUAUGCGGCAAUCUCGUAUGAGUACCUCGGUUCAACUGCGCAUCUCUUUUCUAGCAGCAAGGUCACCUUUUUGCAAUGUGCUUUGAACUCGUUUCUGGAUUGUCUCGCAGCUCUAUCAGACUCGAUUGAAUUGCCGACAAAGUCGAACGGGAGUCAUUUAUCUCCGCCAGCAAGCCCCAAGGUGUUACCCCAGUCGGUCCCAUCGUCUCCCCACACUCCUCUGAACCGCUCGGAGCCUCACUUGGAUGACAUUCACGAGUCGUCGUCGUGGCAGCCAAUUUCUCUCGGUAGUCUUCAGCGUAUGAUUGAUGCAUCCCUUCUGAUCAAGGAGAAGACUACCACCGAAUACUCUGAGUAUGACCGGCUGGCUCAUACGUUCGCUGCAAAGCACAAGGACGACACGUCAUUCGUUCGAGCAUGCCUGGCGUCGAUGGAGGGGCUGGAGAAACACCCUCUUUUUCAAAUUCCAUUGCCACCCCCUCAAGAUGGUCAUGGAGCUCGUUGUAUCAUCGAAGACCCAUUGAUGCCAUCUCCGCUCCGCGUCAGAAAGCUAAGUGGCAGUCGACGUCUCCAGUCGAUCAUGGCCCAUCCCACUUUCGACACUCCUAGCAAUUCACAGCCACCGCAGCCAGCACCAGGGUCUUCGGGGAGGGUUCUGGGCAGCCCAUUUGUCUACAAAAGCGGCGAUCGGGACCAAUCCGAGCCGCUAGACAGGGAAAGAGUCUUCAUGCCCACUCCCCGGAGUGAUAUCCGAACGCCUAGUGACAACCCAUUCGAGGAUGGAUAUGGGUGCAGUAGCAUCAUCGAUCUCUUCGAUAACCUACCGAAAUUCCCCAGGGACCAAGACGAGGAGGCUUCGGGCCCGUUCUACACUCCCUGCCCGAGCCCGCGUGUCCUUUGCCAGCCCGACAGGGAUACCGGAAGUGAUGAGAAUGUCAACGAUGACAGCUCUCAAAGUGCCGGUGGAGAUGAAGAUUCGGUGGACCCUACCCUGAUGGCACGAACCAUCAAGUUCAAUCGCAACGUGGAGCUGCUUCGGUCUCAUGUCCAGGACAACAUCGCAGAACUCCGCCAACAUGUUGAGGGCGUUAUGGAUAUCCAGCAUAUCCGCCGUGCUCGAAAGAUGCAGCGCACGGUAUCACAGUGGAGCUUUAGCCCCGCGGGCGCCACUGGAGAGAUGGAAGAGGCCCCAAAGCCUGAGAUCUCCCUCGAUUCAUUUGGUAAUGCUGUGCGCAAAGAGACCAAGGAAGAGCGGAUCAUGCGAUUACGCGCUCAGGACUGGAAGACGGUCGGUCCUCGCUCGUCCACCAGUGGUUGGAAGGGCGCUCAGUACUACCAAGAGUUUUCUCACCUGGUGCUCAAUGAACUGGCGACGGGUCGCUGA